UCACCUCUUCCCUUUUCCCCGCUCCCCGCUCCGCGCUCACCCAUUCUCUCUCCCCCUCUUCCAUCUCAGCAGCGAAGCUUUCCCACUGGAUUCAAAAGAGCUUAACUCGAUUCGAACGUGGAAGCUCCAUUAGAAGAUCCACUGGCAGAGCUCUCGAUUUGAGUGGGAAUGGCGAAGCGGGGCUACAAAUUUCAAGAAUUUGUCGCACAUGCAAGUGAUGUAAACUGUUUAAAUAUUGGAAAGAAAUCAUGUAGAGUUUUUGUCACUGGUGGUAGUGACCGUGCGGUCAAUUUGUGGGGCUUUGAUUCAUCAAAAUCUUUGCUGAGUCUAUCUGGUCAUACGACUUCAGUCCAAUCUGUAACUUUUGAUUCAGCUGAAGUAUUGGUUCUUGCGGGAGCUUCUAAUGGCACGAUGAAGCUUUGGGACUUAGAGGAAGGCAAGAAUGUUAGAUCUGUAACUGGGCACAGAUCCAGCUGCACCUCUGUUGAAUUUCAUCCAUUUGGUGAGUUCUUUGCAUCUGGUUCUAUGGAUACUGAUCUCAAGAUAUGGGAUAUUAGAAAGAAGGGUUCCAUUCAUACUUACAAGGGUCAUACACGAGGAAUUAAAACAAUCAAAUUCACUCCUGAUGGUCGAUGGGUUGUCACUGGAGGAGAGGACAACAUUGUGAAGUUAUGGGAUUUGACAGCAGGGAAGCUUCUGCAUGAUUUCAAGUUCCAUAAAGGAAUGAUAAGCUGCAUAGAUUUUCACCCACAUGAGUUUCUUCUUGCUACAGGAUCUGCAGAUCGAACUGUGAAAUUUUGGGACUUGGAAACAUUUGAGCUGAUUGGUUCUUCAGGUCCCGAGGCCACAGGCAUACGAUCUAUCAUUUUUCACCCGGAUGGAAAAACUCUUUUCUGUGCAUUGGAUGAAGUUUUGAAGGUUUUAUCUUGGGAGCCUAUAAUAUGCCAUGAUGCUGUUGAAAUGGGCUGGUCUUCCUUGGCUGACCUAAUUAUUUAUGAAGGAAAGCUUUUGGGAUGCUCUCAUCAUCAAAGUCGUGUUGUAGUUUGGAUUGCAGAUAUAUCGCUUAUUGGAUCUUACGCCAUCGGGCCUGGGCUCAAUAAAAAUAGCCUAAUGGAACCUAUUUCAAGUCAAAUAGAAAACUCAUCUAAUAGUCCUGUAGGAGGCGGCACAAAAGGCAAUUCACCGCUGGUUACAGGAGCUGUAGGUUAUGCAGUUAAAACAAAAGGGGAACCUGAAAACCUGUCAAUAAGUUCUAAUGAAUGUAAUCAAAGUCCAUUACAAGAAACUGAUUCCAUCUACUCAGCAACUGUUUCGUUGACUUCAAAUGGUCCGAAGUCAAGACUCUCUGCGGGCAAUCAUAUUGCUAAAAAAAAACUCGAUUCUCCCUUUUCAUCCACAUUGAAUUCUACCGCAUCCAGGGUUGCUAAGUUCACUGAAACUUCAUCAAACUGUUCUUCUAGGGAUAUAUCCCCAAGCACAAAUUCUUCAUUAUUACCAAAUGGUCAUGUUAUGGAGGUGCAUGCUGCACGGAAAAAACAAGAGCUUUCCAUGCCUGUCAUUGUUCCUAGGAGUGUUGUAAACUGCGAAAAAACAGCUGGUUCUAGAGCUGUUAACUCGAAUGCCGAUUCCUCGGCUUGUGAUGUAAUAUCUGGCGAUCAAUUUCAUGUAAGUCAAUCGACAUUUCAUGAUAGUGGCAGUCAAUCUCAAUCGGGUGGGACAGCAUUUCGUUCUUCAAGUUCAAAAUCCAAGCAACUGGGAACAGUUGAAACAACAGCAGCCGGUGGUGGUCAUUGUUUGGAUACCGGAUAUGUUGCAGAGAAAUUUGAGGGAAUCAUGUCCCUUCGGCAGCCUGCCACAGUACAAACUGACCGAAGUGAGGAGUUGGCAAGCUCUAGCAAAGAAAACUGCUCGGUUAAAUAUGUUAGGGGAGUUGCUGUCCAACUUGGGAAGACACGGUCUCUUGUUGAAAGAUUUGAGAGGAGAGAAAGUUUUGGUCCUUCAGCUACCAAAGGAUCAGUUCUAGCGUCAGUAAGGGACAUGAAGUUAGAAGAUGAUUUGAUUUGUGAUCAACUGUCACAAAACCAUGAUGUGUUUGUAAAUUCUCUGAAGUCUCGCCUAACAAAGCUCCAGGUUGUGCGGCAUUUUUGGGAAUACAGUGGUAUUAAAGCAGCAGUGGAUGCAGUGGUGAAAUUACCUGACCAUUCGGUUCAAGUUGAUUUGGUCAGUGUCCUCAGGGGCAAAAUUGACCUCUUCACUCUAGAUCUUUUUUCCUGCUUGCUUCCUUUGCUUCAUGGAUUGGUAAACAGCAAGACUGAAAGGCAUAUCAUUGUGUCCCUCGAAAUGCUCUUUGAUCUUGUUAAAAUCUUCGGUCAGUUAGUCUCGUCGACCAUAUCAGCUUCCUCGUUUGUUGGAGUUGAUCUUCAUGCUGAAGAAAGGUUUCAGCGAUGCAAACAAUGCCAUAACCAUUUGGAGAGAAUAAAGCAAAUUCUUCCAUCAGUAAUCGGGAGAGGAGGCAUAGUUGCGAAGCAUGCGGAGGAAUUGAAUAUGCUAUUCCUGACUCUAUUAUGAAAGCCCUAGAUAAGUAACUUCUGAAACCUUUCACAUUAUUAUGAUGAUUCCAAAUGAAAAAUUCCUAAUUCUCAUAUUUUCAUGACUAGUAAAUCCAGUCUAUAUAUAUAUUUGUACCAUAUUAAUGAAACUCAGGUGCUGAUACACUAUAAAUUUUGAUAAGUUCGGUCUAUGGUUUUGUAUAAUAUGUAAAAUGCUCAAAUUCAUAUAAAUGCUCAAUCGGCGUAGUUUUGGUCUGUA